AAUUGAAAUCAGUCGGUUUGCCACAAUCAGCCGAAGCAAACAGCAAUUUGACGGCCAGACUAGAGUUCAGUUCGCUGCGAACGUGAGAACGGUGUGGACGUGUUACGGAAUAAACGCGAAACGUUUGUUUUCCCUACAAACACUAAACGGCAACUAACUGCAAGCUAGCUUUAGCUACAUACAAAAAGAGACUCUCACUUACAUGAAAGCAAGAGCCACACACAGACUCACGGUAACAGCACAGUGGCAAACAGAAGAACAACAAUAACAGCAAAUCCAAAUUAUUGUAUUAUGUACUAGCGGAACGGUAGUAGUAAUGGCAACAGCUGAACUGAAACUGAAUAACAUAAUCAUAAUUAAUUAAUUUUGUGUUGAUAACCACAGCAACAACAACAGAAACAAAAACUUCAUGGAAAAUUCGUGUUGGAAAAACCACAAAUAAGUGAUUGUCAAAAUUUUUGAAAAACAAACAUUCGUUUAAUACGAAUAAAUAUUAAAAGAAAAACAUACAGCUAAAAUCAAAACAAAGCCAACAAUAACAGGAGUAAAACCAGCAGCAACAGCAAUUAAAGUCAGCCGACGCACAAAGAAAAAAAUAAUAAUUAAGUGGAAAUAAAUUGUGGUUUGCCUUGCAACAAGCAAGAGAAGCAGAAGCAGCAGCAGCAGCGGCGACGGCGGCAGCCAACUAACAACAUAUUGCAACUGCAGUGGAAAUUUCAAAGCAGCAAAAAGCGUUACAGCAUUCAAACGUCAGUACACUUGCGCGCACACACACACUCUCAAGCAAGGUGGUUGAACAAGUUUUUCUGCGCUCUUAAAUAGUUGUGAACAGUUGUGUAUCGCUCUUAAGUUUCAUGCAUAUAAAAGGAGCCAACAACAAGAAAAACAAAAGCUUAAAAUUGUAAAAGGUAGCAUAUUUUACGAAAAAAGGUUUAAAUUAAAAAAACCCCAAAAUAGUAUAGAGUGCAAAAAAGCUGCAAAGAAGUUAUUGACGCAAAACUUGCAAAUUCCUUACAAAAGUCACUUAAUCGCAAGCACCAGAAGUGGCGAAAAAUUACCCAAGUUAUAAGUCCACUCAAAAAAGGGUGAACUCGACUUAGUCGCUACUCAACAACGUCACUCCAGACUCACCACACUCCACAACGACGACGCCCCAGUCAACACUGCAAACCAGCAGCACUAGCAGCAGCAAAGUUGAAAUAUUGUGCGAGAAAUUCAAUUAAAAGUCAAAGCAGGCAAAGAAGUGAGCACAGCAAAGCAACAAAUAAAGCAAUAAAAAGACGAAGGUGAUACACCAACACUUGUUGUAUGGUGUAUCAAAGCUAAAAGCACUGCAGCGGCGCACAACACAGCGCAGCAAAAGUAACAACAACCAAUCGAACAUAAUGACCUUGCCCACAACAACAACAGUAAACGGUUGUGACGACGAUUCUGAUAUCUUUGGUCCCCCACGUUCCUCGCCCAUUGGCUAUCAUCAUCAUCGCUCGCGUGUACCUAUGAUAUCGCCAAAGAUGCGCCAACGUGAGGAACGCAAACGCAUACUGCAGUUGUGCGCAAACAAGUUGGAGCAUAUCAAGGAUUCGGAGACGUGUCUGCGUCGCAGCGUGUGCAUCAAUAACACCUAUUGCCGGCUGAACGAUGAGCUGCGGCGGGAGAAGCAGUCACGCUAUCUAGCGAAUUUGCCGAGAUCCGAUGUGAAGCCAGAAAGCGCACGCGAUAACAUAUUUAAUCCCUACAACAGCUGCGGCAUUGACAACUCCAAUCAUCCGCCCUCAAAUAAAUUCGCUUGCAAUGAAAUCGUCAACCCAACGCCGAACAACAGCAUUUCUCUGAACAAUUUGCGCACUCACGACGCCACCGGCAGCAGCGCUAGUGGUUUCGAUAACAUCUUCAGCCGCGACGAAAAUAAUCUCAACUGCAACAACAACAACAAUAAUAACAACAACAAAUUACACUCGUCCCCCAACGUCGCCAUUGCCAAUUUAGCGUCACACAGUGACUGCACAACCGCAAGCACCACCUCUACCACCACCGCCAUCACCUCGCACAUGUCGGCCAUCCACGCUACCAUCGCCAAUAACAUCUGCUUCCCACACGCCACGCACACCACGCACUUUACUGCCACCUCCUCCGCCACUGCAACAACCAGCGCUGCCAAUUCGUCGCCCUCCUCUGCCACCACUUCUUCUUCAUACUUCGUCCCUGCUGCCAACCACACAAACUCGCGCAAACGUCAGCUAUCCAGCAGCAAUCUCGAUAAUGACCUGGAAAUACUCGAUCGUGAAUUGAGCGAAAUCAAUGCGCCAAUGCCACUAAUUGACCCAGAGAUCACCCAGGGCGCCGAACAACUGGAGAAGGCCAUUUCGUCGCGCAAACGUCUGCGCAGCGAGGAUGAGAGUGAUCGCUUGGUGCGUGAGGCGCUUUCGCAAUUCUACAUACCACAACAACGUCUGAUAUCCGCCAUCGAAGAUUGUCCGCUCGAUGUGGUGAGCGUAGGCGGCGGCAUGGGCGUGGGUGUGGGCUUAGGUCUGGGAAUGGGUGUCGGUGUAGGCGUAGGUAUGGGCAUGGGCAUGGGCGUGGGCAUGGGACCGAUGUCAUCUAAUAAACGACAAAAAAUAAGCAGCGGCAUCAAUGACCUGGAACUGGAGUUCGAUCUCAAUCAAAAUCAAAAGGAUUUUGAGGUUAUAAUGGAUGCGCUACGUUUGGGUACACCCAGUCCCACGCCAAGCGUGGACUCGUGCGGUCAGGCGGCGAUGAUGAGCGAAUCGGCCAGUGUGUUCCACAAUCUGGUGGUCACAUCGUUGGAGACAUGAAAGUAUCAGUAAAAAGCAGGCAACAUGUCACUCACUAUAAGAAAGAGAGAGAUUCGAGAUUAGGCAUGGGCGAGUGAUGACGUGUCAAAGCGAAACAGGUAUAUGUGUGUAUAUGCGGGACCUGUCAGCCUUUUCACUUUGUGAAUUUAUGCGGCUUAAAUGCAAUUUACGCAAAAAUAAAAUAAGAAAAAAAAACAAAAACAACCAACAAAAAAAGAACAAAAACACUUUUUAUAACGCAUUGUUAAGUUUAGCAAAAUGAUUGCAAAAAACAUUCUUAACUUUUAAAAAUAUGUUGAGAUGGAUGUGGAGAAGUACAUAAUUUACAAUGAAAUGAGAAAAAUUAAAAGUAGAAAUGAAAGCAUGCCGCAAAUUGGUUGCAACUAAAAGAAACAAAAAAAAUUGUAAAUCUAAGUAUGUAGCUUAAGUUUUUUCCAACAAAUAUGAUUAUUUUUUAAGCGAGCAAAUACAAAAACAAAAAUUAUAUACACAUACAUAAGCAUACAAUUAUACAAUACCACAUACAUACAUACAUAGAUAAGUUAAGCAUUGAAAAAUAACUAAAUCAAAGAAAAUGUAGUCAAGCAGAAGACAGCAGACAUGCAUACACACCUAUAGUUUGUAUGUUUGUAGAGUGAGUCAAGUGGGCGGGAAACAGAGAUCACGCAGGAAGGGGUGUGAUUUCAAAAGUAGUGAAGCGCCAAAAUUAAAAGAAAAAUCGUCAAGAAAUUUUUGGUUUGGUCUUCUACUCGUAUAAAUAGUAAUUUGUAAAACUUUAUUUUUUUUUUUUGUUUUGGUUUUUUUCACAACUGAAAUUGCAAUAACUCACAUACAUAUUUUUGCAGCUAACAUGAAUUCUGGCAGUUUUGGUUUUCACGGAAGUGAUGAUUUUACCAGUUUUUGCUAAAAUAUUUUCAUAAAAAUAUAACUACUAAAUAUUUUUCUAUACAAAUAUUUAACAAAAAAUUACCGAUAAAAAUGCCAGUUUUCUAGUCAAAACACAAAAUAUUUUUUGAUUACAAAACAAGGUUUCACAUGACUUAUUGAAAGCGGCGAUCUAAUUAAAAACAAAAGCAAGCUCAAAAAUUAAGCAAAAAAAACACAACAGAUAACAGAUAUAAAAACAUAUGCUAUGCUGCACGGCGAUUUUUUUUUUUACAAUAUAAAAUUUGAAGCAUUGAAGAGGUGUAGAGCUCUCUCUCUCUCUCUCUCUCUCGCUCGCAUGUAAAAGCUGGGUAUCCUUUGCUUUACGCAAAAUUUGUUUUGAAUGUCCCCAAAAUGGGGCGCACGACUGUAAGCCAUUUAGCUCUGUACAAUCCUGUACAUAUGAAAACUGCUAACACUUUCUACUUAGCAUUGACGGCCAUUUGCAGGUGGCUGUUAAAUACUUAAUGUGCAAAUAACAGCCCUAAUCUCAUUAAGCUGACAGCUGACUUGAGAAUGAAUGAAGAGAAAAUGCAAGGUUUCGAACAAAGCGGUUAAUGCGCAGAAAAAUACUAACUUUCAAUUAACUACAAUAUAAUUUUUAUGAAUUUCAAUUUCGAAAGACGUUUUCACGCCAAUGCACAUUUAUAUUAUAAUUUUUAAUUUUUCUGUACUUCCAACUUUUUUAUGGAAUAGUAAAUGGAGCGCACACUGUAAGCAAAUGUAAGGAAAAUCAGUUGUUUAGACUCAGCUGAUCUCAGCUAUGACCAAAUUUCCCAAUCACCUGGUUGUUUUCACAUUUUUAAGACGGCGCAUUGCAUAAAAACAGACGCCAGCAAGGGAUUUCUAUUGCUGGCACAUUUUUUGUGGGCACCUCCAGCUUGACUCGGAGAUUUGUUUUUCACACUUUUUUGGUCAUGUGCCGCUUAAAGGCAAAUCUUUCUCGCUGUAUUAUAUUCCUUUGCAAAGAAUAUAAUAUGAAUGCUAGACUGGCGUUUAUGCCGCUAUUUGUGGGGCGCUUUUUUACAUUUGCUGGCAACUGAAUACGCGCCAGAGUCUAGUACCGCCGCGAAACUGCAGAGAGAAGCGUAGAAGCAAAUCGUGCGAAGCUAUUCCAUGACAUCUAGCGUGCUGUAAUGGAACUCUUUUUAUAUGAGGUGAAUUUUGAAAUAAAAUAAAUGUUAUAUUCUUACCAACUAAGAAAUUCUCUAUUCAGCUGUUAGCCUUUUUAGUUAAUUUUUUUUUUUUGCAUAUUUUUCAACUGUAAAAUGUCUCGAGUCGUGUAUUUUUGGUUUGUUUUUUAAUUGAAAAAAAUCGCAUGCGUCUGCAAGCAUUUUCUUUUCGUAAUUCGCCGGCUUUCUAUUGCAGAAUGCAUUUUUUAUUUAAAAAAGGUGUUAAUUAGAGCAGCAAAAAUUAAAUGGCUUUUCAGUUAAGAAGUGCAAUUAAAAUUUUUUAUGCAACAAAAAGUUAAUAUUGUAGAAAACAGCAAAGGAAUACUUAUAAAAAGUAAUACCUAACCGAUAAUACAGCACAAAAACCGCAAAGCCUACAAAAUGUAAAAAUUAAUAAGCAGAAAAAAAAAACAAAAAAAUAUGCAAAUACAAAAGUGUAAAGAUUAAAUUGAAAAUUGUUAAUUAUAGGCAUGGCUAUCAAAAACAGUAAUUAUGUUGUAUUGUAAUUUUUGAAAGUUAGCAAAAGCAAGCGAAACCAGAGUUGUAUAAACGCAGCAGACAGACGAGUUGCAGAGGAAUUUGUUUAUUUCAAAAAAUGGCUGUGAUAGUAAUAAUAAGUUAAAUAAACAAAAAAAAUAUAUAAAAACCGCUACAAGAGAAGUUAAAAUAAAAAAGUCAAUGCAAAUUAAAACAAAGAAAAGAAACUGUAAAAACAAUUACAAACUCCAGCGUAAAGCAAAAGAAACAAAUCCGUAAAACUAUAAAAAAGCAAAAAACAAAAACAAAAAAAAACGGAAAUUACUUUAAGCAAAUAUUUAGGUUAAAUUUAUUAUAAAACUACUAAAACAAAUGGAAAGCAAACUCAAAAGCAAAAAACUUAAUUUUUUAAGGCAAACGAAAAAAAGCAUUGAUAAAGUAUUAUAAGCAAAAAGCAGUAAAAACAAAAUAUAUUACAAUGCAAAUUUUCUUAAAAAAAAAUAUUUUUUAUUCAGUUCGCUUGUUGUCCAUUUACAAUUUUGAAAAGAUUGAAGCUCCAGCUCUUCAUUUCUAACCAAAAAACAAAAAAAUUAACAAAACUCGCCGUUUCUUAGAUUUGCAAAUAAUGCAUACAAAAAAAUGCGAAAAUGUAUAAAUUUGUAAAGCAAAAAUUUGUUUUGUUUUUUCUCUUUUUUGUGUUUUUCAUUUUAUUUUGCUUUUCAAACUCACUUAAGAGCUGGAAUCUUAUUGUGCAAACCCUUUGGUUGCAAUAAACUGUUAUUUUUUGCGCUUCGUCUUGGCUUCCAUGAAAAAACACACACUCUCACACAGAGCUUAACGUUUUGGUUGCAACUCAAUAUGUUUUCCUUUUAAUUGUAACAUUUGCCAAUUUGUACAAAAAAAAAAAUAAAAAAGUUGAAUUGAUUUUUUUUUUGUUUUUAAUGUUUUCUUAAUAUUUGUUUGCGUAUUUUAUUAAAGUUAACGUAAAAUUAUAUAAAAAUUAUAAAAACCAAACAUGUUCGCUAUUAUUUUCCUGU